CUCUGGGCCUCGCUCCCGAUUUAAUGAGCCCCAGACCGCCUUUGCACAAGGUUGUUGCCUUGACAUCCUUUUGUGGUGGUCCAGUUUGCUCAGAACACUGUCCCCUGCCUCCCACCCAUCUCACCUGUGCUCUGGCAAGUGGGCAGAAGAUGUGGCCCUCCUAAAUGGACUCGACUUGCAUGUACUCUCUGGGGCUGUCCGCCUCUCACCUGCCCUUUUUCCUUCAUUCAUGGACUGCCAUUCUGUCAGUUCCCUGCCCAGCCCCCCCCCCCCCCCCCCCCCCGGCUCUCCUCCAUUGCUUGCCUUCUCAGUGGGCUCUGCAUAUCCACAUGGGGACCCGAUUUGCUUCCUCAUGGGUCUCUCACACACUUUUCUCUACUGUAGCUUUAGCCCCAGGUGGAGGUGUGGGUUUCCUGUGUAUCAUAGGAAACUUGGAGGGGACUCAAGAAGAAAGACAGGGCAGGAGUGUGAGCUGAUGGACAGUGGAGGAGAGGAACACAUGUUCAUCUGUGCUAAGUGGAGACUGAUAGACCUCCAGGAAGCUGUUGUCCUUUAAGAGCCUUCGUGUACUUGACCAUCCUGCAAAGAGUUAGGCUCGAUCUCCCCCCUCCUCCUUAAGCUUUAUUACUUUCUCAUUCAUGGAGCUUUUACCUGCCAUGAACUGGACCCCAUGCUGGGGAACAUCCAGACAGAGGGAGCUCACAGUCUGGAAGGAGAGGGUUUUGGUCACCCAUGCAUCCUAGGGAGUAUGUUCUCGUCUGUGGCCCAGUCUUGAAUGCCCCCAGCCAGUCUUUUGACAAUAGAGUAACCACCUUUCACGGUGCUGGGCAUACAGUAAGUGUUUAGUAAAUUCUUAGUGUGUGUAUGAGAAUCUUAUUUUAACAAACAUCUGGGAGUUUUCCAGAGUUUUAUAUGGUGAAGAAGUAAAUAACUAAGCUGAGUCAAUAUUUUGGGGGGUUAGAUAGGUUAGUUUCCUCCUAUGCUUGUUGAUGGCACUUAAGGCACUUUCAGAAGAAUCUAUUGCUUUGAGCAUCCUUUGAAGAAGAGCAGCACACAGAUGGCAUGACCAGUGGCAGGGUGGGGCAUGCAGAGACGGGCGAGCCUGGGGCAGUGUGAUCAGGAAGGCUCAGAUGGGAUGGUGUCAGGGCUGACAGAGCAGCUGCAACCUGGGAGUCUCCUGCCACUUUCAUUCAACUGUGUCACAGUUGUAUGUGGCCAGCACUGUGUCACCAAAUCUCCGGGCCUCCCACUGCUGGUCAGCAGCUGGCCAGUGUGGCAAAGCACACCAGCCUCUAGGAGUUAAGCCCUGAUCUGGGCCGCCCUCCAAAGGCUCCCUCCUCCCUCCUUAGUUCGGCUUCCUUUUUUUCUUCAAAGCUGCCACCGCGCCUUGGAAUCUUGGGGGUUCCCUCCUCCUGAGUUGACUGAGCAGUAGAAUGUGAUUUCAAGACUAGUUCCCAGACCAUUUUCCUCAAAGGGUUUCACUUAAAGGCAAAUAUUUCAAGAAAUUGCAAAUCUCACAAUGUUUCAAGUAUCACCUUGCUCUGUGGCUCUGUCCUCUCUCAAUAGAUGUUUUCUCUCUAUAUCCCUGAAAAAAAGCUUGCCCUGCUACUUCCCUCCGUCCUGUCCAGUGACCAGAACUUAGGGUGCUGCUAGAGUAGUGUGCUGGAUGUGAAUCUGUACACCAGCCUCUGAGCCUUUGACAUCUGAACUGUCUUCUGGCCUACUCAGUCCUUGGCCCCUUCUUGGUGCUAAACAGCCAAGCAUAUCCAGAAAGAGCAGGUGACUUUCCUGGGUCACCAGUCUAGCUAGGAGUUGAUUCUCUGAUCAGGAGUGAGGCCUUUUCUCCACCAAAGCACAUUCCCAGGGGCAGAGCCUAAGGUGCUGAAUAUAGCAUUGGCCAAACAGAAGUGACCAUGGGAACUAAAGUCAUCUUCAUGCCUCUUGUUGUCAGAAGGGUCGGAUGAACUGUGGUUUGUCCAGGAAGCCCUGAGCUUCGAGACGAGGUAGGCAGAGCUAGAGAGGUACCGGACACAGGAGGUUUGGGUUUCUGCUCUGGUCAGCGUGCUUUGUUUUGAGGACACAUAGAAACCCCAGCCCAGCCCACACCCCACCCCGCAUGCAGUCAGAGAGCUCUUCUAGGUAUGCUCAUGACUUCUGCAGAAGCAACAGGUGGCACAGAGCCAAGAGGAAGUGUGACUGAAACUGUCUACUCAUAGUCCGGCUGCUGAGCUGAGAGGUCUUGGUGGGAAACAAAAGCUGGUGUCUGGCACUGAGUAAAAGCCAGAUCCUGAGGCCGUGCACUGUCCUGCUUCCUUCCUGUCCCCAGGAGAGGGCAGGGGUACUGAGAAGGGUGGCAUUGGUCCUGGCCUUUUCAUUUCACUGUUCUAUGGACUCCCCUCUCUCUUCCCAGACAGGUUCCACUUUAGGAAGGAGGUGUGUUGGCUUGUCUCCUCGAGGGGCCAGCAGUCCAGGAGAAGGUGCCUGGGGUAGUCAGCACGGAGGAGCAUACUCCCGGGGGCCCCAGAGCUUAUUUAUGCCCCAGGUGGCCUUUGACCCAGGGAGCCCGGGCCAUAAUAUUCAUAGGAGCUACUGUUUCUGGAGCCUGUACUUCUUGCCAGGCUCAGUGUGAAGAGCUUUAAGUAUUUUCACACCCAAUCCUCACAAAUACCUAGUGAGGGGGUGCUUUUGUAAGAGGAAACCAACUCUUGGCAUUAACUAAUUUGUCCAAAUUCUCACAGCUAGUAAUAGUAAUAACUCAGUAAUAACUCAGCCAGGAUUUGAAACCAGGUCUAUGUGACUUCAAAGCCCACAGUGCUAAGGAUUUCCUUUCACAGCGACUCUGACCUGUGACCAGAUGGGGGCCUGGCGAUCAGGAGGUGGUGAAGCUGUGAGGUGCAGUGAAGGCUGUGCAAAGCCUCAUGUUCCAGGUCAUUGUCUGGAUGUGUGACUUCGAGCAACUGCUCACCCCUGGGGAGUACAGCUCCCCCAUCUGUGAGACGGACAGCACCUUCUUACAGGGUUGCAGCGGGGGUUCAUGGAGCAUAUACCUGAGAGGGUCUUUGUCACUUACCUGUGUCAUCCGGGCCUGGGACCGCAGCAAGCCCCUGCUCUUCUGCCCGGCGAUGAACACUGCCAUGUGGGAGCACCCGAUCACUUCGCAGCAGGUGGGUCAGCUCCAGGCCUUCGGCUACAUCGAGAUACCCUGUGUGGCCAAGAAGCUGGUGUGUGGCGACCAAGGUCUGGGGGCCAUGGCUGAGGUGGGCACCAUUGUGGACAAAGUGAAGGAAGUCCUCUCCCAGCAUGCCGACUUCCAGCAGAGCUGAACCGAGGAUCUCUGCUGUGUGUCCCCGUGUGUCCCCAGUACGUUUUCAGGCCAAGUCAGUGAAGGUGGGCAUUGGCCAAGUAUGGUGGAAAUUCUCCUUUGCUGAAUAGGGACCUGGCCUGGGCCUGCUCCACAGUCUCCAAGGGUCUGACUUGCCCCAGGCUAAAUUGGACCAAGAGCCCAGGACUCAACUUCUUUCAACCAAGAGACAUUAGCUAUCUGGAGCUCCUCUUCACCUUUUCUUGGGAUGAGCCCAGCAAGCCAGAGGAGCGAGCUGCCAUAUUGUCCCUGUGCCCCUGGAAGGGCCCUGAGGAGCACUGACCAACUGUGAUUCUACACCAUGCCUAGAAACUGCUUUUGGAAACUGCCUCAGCUGGAGAUCCCCAGGGUGGUGGGUCCCUACCAGGCCUUUGGAGCUCCAGCUGCCACGCAGAAUCAGGAAGGCCUGCAAGUUGGCAAGACCCUGAGAUUUCUCACUGACCAUGCUGUGAGAUGAGGGUACUGGGAAAUAAAGUAAAGCGGCCUUUUGGGAAA